AUGCAGCUCCAACUCACCCUCGCUCUUGCCUUUCUCGCGGCCGGCGCCCUCGCCUGGAAAUGCACCGAAGGCACUCCCUGGACCCCCGAGGAGCUCCACGAAUACCUGACGCUCAAUGAUACCACUAACUGGGCGCCCAUGGCCAAGAUGCCGCAGUGCACGCCCGAGGCGUCGGAACUUCUCGCCGCCAACGAAACCAGCACACUCGAAGCCCGCCGAGGCGGCAACAAGUUCAUUGCCUAUGGCGUCUACCACUGCGGCAGCAACGUGCUCUUCUCGGCGGACAACUUUUGCUGCGGCGGCUGCUACUCGGUGAGCCGCGGCAUCUACAGUGGGCUACCUCUGGCGCGAGAAGAUUAG